AUGCGUUCCAGAGAGGUGAUGGUGACGCCAAUGACUUUCGGCAGAUUCAGCCACAGCAGCCGUUGUCCUUGCACUGAUCUUACGACACCCGCACGACAGGGCAAGCGGAAAGCGAGCGAGAAGGAACAGAAGGAGGCGCAGGCGAAGCGUUUCGAGCAGGAGGCCCGCAAGGGGCGGCCUUUUUUCGGCCAGCUUCUCGAGUCCUUGCUGCCGCUUGCGGCCGGCUGUCGUGAAUUUCCUAGUGCAAAGUCUACCAGGCAAUUCGCCCCGCGGGAUCGAUUGCCAGGCUUAUGUCGGCCCUUCGAAGAGAUCUAG